UGUAUUGAUGAUGAGGUACACUCAAAAUAGGCUCGGGUCUAAAAUGCUCCUAGCUUCCAUUCUAAUCGCGCUAAUCGUACCUUCCUAUGUACCCUGUCUUCAAAAUUUAUUUCAUCGGCAUGCGACAGGACGCCCCGCCGUGACUUGCAACAUCGCAAACCCAUUCAGCAAAUAUGGCACCUUACCAGCCGUCGCAGGCAGAGCUGGAUCGCAGAAGAGUAUGGUGCUUUUUCGAGAAUCUACAGAGUCGUUCUAAUGUGUUUCCAGACCGUAGGGAUUAACGCCGAAACCGUCACAGAUAUCACCUCGACCGAUUUCCCAGGCCAUGUACGUUCAUAUUGCUUCUUGAUCUUGUCACAACACAGACGCAAAUCCUCUACAUUCUACUGCAUUCUAAAGAAGAGCCACCAAUUUACCUCCAAGGGUCUGUUGAUAGCGUACAAAAUGCUAAUUCACCUGUUCAGUACCCCGGUGAGGACCAUGCAUGGGAUGCCCUGAAAUUUCGUGAAGCCUUCAAAGUCGAAUUUCACCACAAUGAACCCACCGAAUCCUCCUUCUCCCUAAUAGGAAUCGAUGCUUCAGUUGCCAAUGCCUUCCGGCGCAUCAUGAUCGCCGAGAUCCCCUCCCUCGCUAUCGAAACCGUCUUCGUGAACAACAACACUUCCAUAAUUCAGGACGAGGUUCUUGCUGGACGCCUAGGUCUUGUUCCGUUCAAAGGCGGCAAGUCAGGACUUCUAGAUUAUUUGAAAUGGUACAAGAAGCCAGAAGAAGGAUCUGGGGAUGAUAACGGGAAUUACGACUACAACACUAUUUGCUUGGACCUCAAAAUCGAAUGCACGCGGAACCCACAGGCGGAGAGAGGAGAAACAGAUCCAUUAAAGCUGUACCAUAAUGCUCAUGUCUACGCCAAAGAUAUCGUGUUCAAGCCGUUCGGACAGCAGCAUAGGUAUUUCAGCGGUGACAAUGCCAUUCGGCCUACGAAUCCCGAUAUUCUGAUUGCGAAAUUAAGGCCAGGACAGUGUAUUGAUGUGGAAAUGCAUGCGAUCAAGGGUGUGGGAAGCGAUCAUGCCAAGUACUCGCCAGUAGCUACGGCUUCAUACCGCCUCCUACCUACGAUCAACAUUCUGAAGCCAAUCUUAGGGAAGAAUGCUGAGAAGUUUGCAAGAUGCUUCCCUGAGGGUGUGAUUGGCUUUGAAAAAGUCACCAAGAAGGAGGCUGCGAAGAAGGGAAGUGGAUACGAGGGGCAUGAAGGCGAGAAGAAGGCCGUGGUCUUGGAUACGAUGAAGGAUACCGUGAGCAGGGAAUGCUUGCGGCAUGCGGAGUUUGAGGGCAAGGUUAAGCUGGGCAGGAUACGAGAUCACUUCAUAUUCUCCAUUGAGAGUUUGGGACAGUGGGACAGUGAUGAGCUCUUUUUGGAGUCUAUCAAGGUUCUCAGACUGAAGUGUGAUAGUAUGAAGAGAAACUUGGCGAAUAUGGCACGAUAGGGCAGAAAAAUCAUGAUUUACGGGCAUUGCAGGAGU